AGUCCCGAUCUCGAGGCAAACAGUCUACGGUUGGUAAAAUAACAUUAUUUGAUAAAAACAUCCUAAUUUUAGUUGAAGAUGUUAAUUCAUUUCGGUAGUCAGAGUCAGUUCAUAAAAUAUUCUAUGUGUCAUCAGAUAAGCGAUUGUGUAGGUAGCAAGGAUCCAUACUCUUGAUCUCAGUAACUGUGAACUGACAGUCACAAAAGUUUGAGGUUAACUUCAAAUAUGAUAUCAGUGGGUGAAAUGAAGGAAAAACUGUGUGCUGGCAAUCAGCAACACCUUCUACAGUUCUGGAAAGAUCUGGACCUACAGGAGCAGCAGAGUUUCAUGGAGCAGCUGAGCACCAUCGAUUUUGAUAAGGUCAAUAAAGUUUUCCAGACAGCGCAAAAACAAACACAGUCAGAUGUUAUGAAAUUAGAUGACCAUAUGAAACCGAUUCCAACACAUCAGUUCGAAACUGAAAAUGGAUUGGACGCAAAAACUAUUGAAACCUACAGAUAUACAGGAUUAACUGAAAUUUCCCAAAGCCACGUGGCAGUAUUGUUGUUAGCGGGUGGUCAAGGUACUAGACUUGGAGUUAAUUAUCCCAAAGGUAUGUUUCCUUUGGACUUACCAUCUGGAAAGACUUUGUUCCAAAUACAAGCUGAAAGAAUCAGGAGGGUAACAAGAUUAGCUGAAGAAAAAACAGGAAAACUAGGCAAAAUCUGUUGGUAUAUCAUGACCAGUCCAGCUACUCAUGAAGCAACUGAAAGUUACCUGGAGAAACACACCUACUUUGGAUUGAACAAGGAAGACGUUGUUCUUUUCCAACAGGGUCUAUUUCCUUGCUUCGAUUUUGACGGGAAGAUAAUACUGGAUGAGAAAAAUGCUAUUUCAAUGGCACCAGAUGGCAAUGGUGGUAUAUAUGCAGCCUUGACAAAAAAUAAUAUUGUCGAAGAUAUGAAACGAAGAGGGAUCCAGUAUGUUCAUGUUCAUAGUGUGGAUAAUAUAUUGGUCAAGGUGGCAGAUCCAGUAUUCAUUGGGUAUUUUACUAAAAAGGGGGCUGACUGUGGAGCGAAAGUCAUACCCAAGAAGGAUCCUCACGAACCAGUAGGAGUUGUUUGUCAAGUGAAUGGCAGAAUUCGGGUAGUAGAAUAUAGUGAAAUAACUGACAGAACAGCGAAUCUCCGAAACGAAGAGGGAACUCUGGUUUUCAAUGCUGGGAGCAUCUGCAACCAUAUUUUCACCGUAGAUUUCCUGGAAAAGGUCUCCCUACACCACGAGCACGAACUCAAGCUGCACGUGGCCAAAAAGAAGAUAUCCCACAUCAGCGUUGAUGGGAAAAAAGUCCACCCUACCCGGCCAAACGGUAUCAAGAUUGAAAAGUUCAUCUUUGACGCCUUCGAAUUCUCCGAGAACUUCGUUACCUGGGAAGUGUCCAAAUUCUCAGAGUUCAGUCCAUUGAAAAACUGCGAUGAAGAUUUGAAAAAUUGCCCGUUUAGUUGUCGCAAAGACUUGCUCAAUCUUCAUAGGUCAUAUAUCGAGAAUGCUGGUGGCAUUGUAUUGAGUGAAGAAGUUGAGAUUUCACCACUGUUGUCUUAUGCGGGUGAAAAUUUGACUGAUAGAGUCCAACCAAUAACGACGGGCCAACUUUGUGCGAAUGGAAAAAAGGAAGACGCUUGUAAGGGAGAUAGUGGAGGACCUUUGAUCAAUCAAACUCUUGAUAUCGAUGGAGAAUUGAGGAAUUUUCAGAUCGGCGUGGUUUCUUUCGCGUCAACAUUGACAUGUGGCAUCGCAGAACUUCCACCGAUUUAUACCAGGGUCGACAAAUACCUAGAGUGGAUAGCCAAUAAUGUCGAAUAAAUAUCGAAAAUCAUACGAAUUUUGUUUUUUGUAUAUUUA